UUUUUUUUCGCUCUUUAGAAACUUUUUUUUUUUUUUUUUAAUUAUGUUUGUGCCUUCACUUGACUUGGCCGACGCUUCACAAGCUUCACUUUAUUCUUCAUUGUCAUUCUUUAGCUCCGUUAUUCUUAGUAACGGCAGUGUUGACCAAAUCAAGUCACUUGUCAACCAAACUGGCUCUACUUUGUAUUGGGCCUCUGCCAAGUCUGUAGAAGAAGCUGUUCAACUCUGGGAUGUAGGUGUCUACAAGGUCAUUUUCGAUUUCGAUACCUACGCUCAAGCCAAAGAUGAAUUAUCCAGCAUUGUCGCUGAAGACCGUAUUGCUGUCUCAGCUAAUUCUCUUGAUGGACUUGAAGGUUUGCCUGUAUCCACCUUCCUUCUUCAAAACACCAAUGAUUUAGAAACCAUUCGUGCAUUUGCUCAAUCCACUAAGAAGUGUCUUUUAAGCCAUGGCGGUGAACGUACUGUUGUCGUUGCAUUGGACAAUGUCUCUCUCGAAACCAUUGGUUCUUUUGGUGCUCAACACUUGGAUGUACUUGUGCCUGCUUCUCGUUUAACUACCGCUGUCGAUGAUGUAUCCAAAAUCAACAUUGCCGAAGCCUUUUUGGCCACCGCCAAGACAGACCGUGCCGAUGGCCUUUAUACAACCAUGGUUGUAGAUGAAUUCAACAAGGCUUUGGGAUUAGUUUAUUCUAGCAAGCAAAGUGUUGCUGAAUCCAUUCGUCUCGGCCAAGGUGUCUAUCAAAGUCGUGGCCGUGGUCUUUGGCACAAGGGCUUGACUUCUGGUGCUACGCAAACCUUGAAGCACAUCGAUUAUGAUUGCGAUGGCGACGCUUUACGUUUUGUUGUUGAACAGCACGGUGCAGGUUUCUGUCACUUGAAUACGCGUACCUGUUUCGGUGCUGACAGUGGUAUAACUGCUUUAGAAAAGACACUUAAAGACCGCAAGAACCAUGCACCUGCUGGUUCUUACACAGCUCGUUUGUUUGGUGAUGCCAAAUUGUUGCGUGCCAAGAUCAUGGAAGAAGCAGAAGAGUUGUGCGAUGCCACAGAUAAAGAAGAAGUUGCUUGGGAAGCUGCUGAUUUGAUUUAUUUUGCAUUGACCAAGUGUGUCAGUGCUGGUGUUUCUUUAGCUGAUAUUGAAAAAAACUUGAACAAGAAGGCCCGUAAGGUCACUCGUCGUCCUGGUCAUGCUAAGCCCAAGUGGGAACAAAAAGACGAGGGCAAUGCUGCUGCUCCAGUAGCUCCCUCUGCACCUGUCAACACUACAGCCAUGAAUGAAGGUCGCAUUGAAAUGAUGAAGUUCAACUUGGAAGACAUCUCUGCUGAAAAGCGUGCUGAACUCUUAUUGCGUCCCAUCAUUGAUUCUACCGAAAUCAUCAACCGUGUGAAGCCUAUCAUGCAACAAGUGCGUCAAGGCGGUGAUGCUGCCAUUCAAAAUUUCACUCGUCAAUUCGACCGUGUUGAACUCGACCAAGUGACAGUCAAAGCACCUUUUGAUCCUGCCUUGAUGGAAUUGGAUCCUAUCACCAAGACUGCUAUUGAUCAGGCAUAUGACAACAUUUAUAAAUUCCACGAUGCACAACUGGACAAGGAAAUGUUAGUGGUUGAGACCAUGCCUGGUGUGGUUUGUUCAAGAUUCAGUCGUCCUAUAGAACGUGUAGGUUUAUAUGUUCCUGGUGGUUCUGCUGUCUUGCCCUCCACAACAUUGAUGUUGGGUAUUCCUGCUAAAGUAGCUGGUUGUAAAGAAAUUGUGAUUGCCACACCUCCUCGUCCUGAUGGUUCUGUUGUGCCUGAAGUGCUGUAUGUGGCUCAUAAAGUGGGUGCCUCUCACGUCGUCAAGGCUGGUGGUGCUCAAGCUGUUGCUGCCAUGGCUUAUGGUACUGAAACUGUGCCUAAGGUUGACAAGAUCUUUGGUCCUGGUAACCAGUAUGUCACAGCUGCUAAGAUGGUCGCUCAAAACGACACAUCUUGUUUGGUAUCCAUUGAUAUGCCUGCAGGCCCCUCUGAAGUGCUUGUGAUUGCUGACAAGUCUAGUAAUCCAGUCUAUGUUGCUGCUGAUCUUUUAUCACAAGCUGAACACGGCCCUGAUUCUCAAGUGGUCCUCUUAGCUGUUGAUUUAUCACCAGAACACCUUCACAGCAUUGAAGAAGAAGUACACAAGCAAGCACUUGCUUUGCCUCGUUGUGAUAUUGUUCGCAAGAGUAUUCCUCACUCAUACAGCUUAAGCAUGAAGAACUUGGAAGAAGCCAUGCAGUUCUCCAACGAAUAUGCUCCUGAGCACUUGAUCUUGCACCUUGAAAACGCUUCUUCUGUCUUACCCCUUGUAGACAAUGCCGGUAGUGUCUUUGUAGGUCAAUACUCACCUGAAAGUUUCGGUGACUAUGCUUCAGGUACUAACCACACUUUGCCUACCUACGGUUAUUCUCGUAUGUACUCUGGUGUCAAUACCAAUGGUUUUGUCAAGCACAUUACUUCUCAAGAAGUCACUGCUGAAGGUAUGGAUAAAUUGGCUGAUACUGUGAUGCGUUUGGCCGAAAUUGAAGGCCUUGAAGCUCACCGUAAUGCGGUUGCUGUCCGUGUUGCUGACUUGAGAAAAUAAGAAGAUUGUAUAUGGAAUCCCGUAUCAUUUUAUCUGUAUUAUUCAAUAAACAAAGGCUUCAUGACAUUUAA